UAAAACUAUGCUAAAUCAUUUUUCAUAAAAAAAAACAUAGGUUAUGCUGGUUUAAGUCUUUCCAUUGAAGGACCAAGUAAUGCCGAUAUAGAAUGUCAUGAUAAUCAUGAUGGUACAUGUACAGUGAUCUAUACACCAACUGAACCGGGUCAAUAUGUGAUCAAUGUAAAAUAUGCUGAUGUUCAUGUACCGAAUAGUCCAUUUUGUGUUGAUAUCAGCGGUGAAUCAUCAUCAAUGAAAAUGAUGGAACGUAUUAUUAGACGUCGUGAAGCUUCAAAAGUUACAUGUAUUGGUAGUCGAUGUGAAAUAAGUCUACGACUUACAGACACAAAUAUCAAUGAUUUGUCUGCUACAAUCACUUCACCUUCUGGUCAUACUACUCGUUGUGAAAUUGUUCCCACUGAUAAUGAUCAUUAUAAUAUUAAAUUUAUACCACAAGAAAUGGGUGAACAUUUAGUCUCGGUGAAACAUAAAGGUGUUCAAAUAUCAGGGAGUCCAUUCCAUUUUACUGUUGGUCCAAUCACUGAUGGUGUGGCGAAUAAAGUUCGAGCAAUGGGUUCUGGUCUUCAAGAAGGCUGGACACAUAUUACUAAUGAAUUUACAAUUUAUACACGUGAAGCUGGCGCUGGAACAUUGUCAAUUGCAAUGGAAGGUCCUAGCAAAGCAGAAAUUGAUUGUGAUGAAAGACGCGAUGGUUCCUCAGCUGUACUAUAUCGUGUUACUGCACCAGGUACAUACAUUUGUUCGCUUAAGUUCAACGAUGAACACAUUCCUUGUUCUCCAUUCCGUAUUCAUGUCUCUGAUUCCACACAAACUAAAAGUAUAGCAUCAUGCACAUUACCUUUCCGUACCAGUGAUGUUCAUUCUGCUCGCAGUACAUCCACUAAAGAAGAAACACUUCGAAUUGGACGUCCAAUAGCUUUCACUGUACAUCAUGUUGAAACUGCUGGUCAUAUUUUAAAAGCUAAAGUAUCAACUCCAUCAGAUACUCAUGAAGAUGCUAUUGUUCAGCCUAUUGAUCAAGAUCAAUUUGUCAUUCGUUUUGUUCCACGUGAAGGUGGUCCACAUCUAGUUCAUGUACACUCGGUGCCUAUAGAAGAUGCAGAUAAACCUAAUUGGAGUUUUGGUCCAACUUCAUCGUAUAAAUCAAUUCAAGGUUCACCUUUCCGCCUUGUAGUUAGUCAACAUGCUGCUGAUCCAGGUAUGGUAUUUGCUACUGGAGAAGGAUUACGUAAAGGAAAAGUCGAUAUGAAGAAUUCCUUUUUCGUCAAUACAACUAAUGCUGGUUGUGGUUUACUCAAUGUCACAGUGGAUGGACCAAGCAAGGCAACUGUUACUAGUCAAGAACAAGAUGAAGGUUAUGCAUUUUUCUAUACACCGACUGUACCAGGUAUCUAUGAAAUCACUAUCAAAUAUGGCGGUAAUUUUCACAUAAGUGGUUCACCAUUUCGAGUUGAAGUGACUGGAACGCCUAGGUCAGAAGUUGCCGAUUAUCGUUCAGAAGAUCGUCAGUCAAAUGUUAUUUUGGAAACUGUCGGUAAAACAAUGACCAGAUAUUCAUCUGCAACUGAAUACAAAAAUCAUCAAAACUCUGGAUCACAUCCGAAAUUGGUCACUUGUCAAGGACUUGGUUUAAAACGAGCCGAAAUUGAUCGUGUGAAUUAUUUCAGUGUUGAUGCCAGUGAAGCAGGUAAUGAUGUCCUACUCAUUGGUAUUUAUAGUCCGAAACAAUCCUCCGAAGAGGUAGUGAUUAAACAUUUAUACAAUAAUCAAUACUCUGUGUCAUAUCGUGUCUUCGAAAGUGGUACACAUUAUCUAGUAGUUAAAUGGGGCGAUCAACAUGUACCAGGCAGUCCAUUCAUUAUUCAUGUUCCAUAAUUAAUCAUUUUUGAACGAUACUACUGAUGAUACACGGGAACCAUUUCAACAACCUCGCCCCCCCACGCCUCACACAAAAAUAUGUAUUGCAUGUGUACGUUUUCUUGAUUAGAAAAUAUCAACUAAGCUGAAGAAAUCUGUUUGUUUGUGUACUAUUUCUAUGUAUCUUCUUUUUCCAAUUGUUCAUUCUUUGUUUAAAUUUUCUAUUUUGAAUAAUCAAUUAAUUAAUUAAUCAAUUAAAAAUUGGAUGAUUAAGCCAUGUUAGUCAAUCACCGACGCAGAACAAUCAUAUGAAUAUAUGAUGGUGUCUUUUUUUUCUCUGUUUUCGACAUUAUCGAACAUGUGAAUAACACCAACAACAACAAGUGUGUGGUUGAAAAAUGCUUCUCUCUUGUAAUCAAAUUGUGACUUUGUUUCUUCACUGUUUCUUACACUGUUAUUGAGGUGUGUGUGUAUAAACCCAAGUAUGUGCCAUGUGAACAUUCGUCUAUUUCCAGGCAUCGGAUGCCUUUGACUUUUAGAAAUCUUCUCUUGUGGGGUUGUCUGUCACACACACACACGAAAUUGUAUUUUGAGAUUGAUUCAAUUCUAUUUGUUUCCUUAAUUUUAACAACAAAAAAGCCGAUUAAUUUUGUUCAUGUAAUAAUUCUCAAUUGACAAUAUCAAUA